GGAGUGCAAUGGCUUCAAAUUUAUCAAAUCAAUCCCGCAAUGUGCUUAGCAAAAAAUGAUGGUUAAGAAAGAGGAAUCCCUCGAUAACGUAACUUUAUUCUCAAUAAUUACUGUCAUGUCAUUCAUCUUGAAUAUACCUGUUGCACUCUUCAUGGAGGGUGUCAAGUUCACGCCUUCGUACCUUCAGGCUGCUGGGUUGAAUGUCAAUGAAAUCUACACUAGGUCCCUCUUGGCAGCUCUCUGCUUCCACGCAUAUCAGCAGGUUGCUUACAUGAUAUUGCAGCGCGUUUCGCCUGUCACCCACUCUGUUGCCAAUUGUGUUAAGCGGGUGGUGGUUAUUGUGUCAUCUGUACUCUUCUUCCGUACACCAGUUUCACCCAUUAACGCUCUAGGUACUGCCAUAGCUCUUGCUGGAGUUUUCCUUUACUCUAGAGUAACUAGCAUUAAGCCCAAGCCAAAAACUGCUUGAAAUUCCCCUUGGUAAAUGAGCGUUACACGAAAUCUUCUAGUAGUGUAGUGACAUGAUUUUUGAAGAAAUGUGACAUGUUGUGAUGAUUAGGUAGCUAUUAGUUUCACGAGAAUGAAAGAAAGUCACGAAAUAUAGUGACAUUUGAAAGUGUAAUUUAAUUUAUUACCUUUCUAAUGGAACAGAAUUUACAGUUUA